UUCUAACAAGCAGUUUAUUAGGCUCCAGUUUUGCGGUGCAAAAGAUUUACUAGUCUCUGCUAGACUCUCAGUAACUAAGAAGUAUUAAUGUAUUAAUGUCGAAGUACGCACACUUGUGACGAACUAUAUUUGCUUUUUUUUAUUGCAUAACUUGUGAGAAAUACAUUUUAUUAUCGUUACCUUAAAUUUGCGUGUUAGUCAACAAACUGGUGGCACACGGAACGGUCAGUGAAACACAAUUUCCCGACAUGAACACGGUCAGACUAGGAUAUCUAGUGCAGAGAUUGGAGCAACUGGGAACGAGAAUUCCGGUGCGAAGUGUGCCUAAAAUAAACAGAUGCUACGCAAAAAACGUGAACCAGUUUACUACGAUAGCCUGCUUUGGUCGACCGAUUUUCGCAAAGACGCAUAUUAUCCCGGCUUCGCUAACCGGUUUUCGCUACUGUACAGCCGAUUGUACCGAGAACAAGUUUGAUAAAAACUGCAUCGAUCCCAGUUUGGUAGCGACCUACGAGGAGAUUGCGGAUCUACCGGCACAUCCAGAAAAGCUGCUGAUCGACGUUCGGGAACCAGAGGAACUCGCAGAAACCGGUGUCAUUCCGACCAGCAUCAAUAUUCCACUCAACACCGUCAGCGAAGAACUGAACCUCAGCUCUGCUGCAUUUCAAGCUAAGUACGGCCGAAAAAAGCCAGAAGCAAACGAUCCCGUUAUCUUCACCUGCCGCUCGGGAGUUCGAGCUGGCAUAGCAGCAAACGAAGCCGAUCGGCUAGGGUUCAAAAAUGUGAAGAAUUAUGUUGGAUCCUGGACGGAAUACGCCACGAUUAAUAAGUUGAAACACAACCGAGCGUCGAAGUCUACUAUACAUUCGCACGCGUGCCGGCUUGUGAAAAUCGAACUGUUAUCCGUAAGCUACUAUCUAAAUUACUUGUUAGCGUGUUCGUGUGAUCCGGUGAAUCUGCACGACUUCGAAAAUUCAGGUUUUUCUGUUCAGUUGUAUUUCAGCUUUAGCCAUUUGUUGAUGUGCGCUUCAUUUGUCAAUUGGAUCACCGGUCGUUUCGCAAAGUUGUCCAGUGCAAACAUGUCGAUUGCCACCUAUGAGGAAGUGUUAGAUCUUCCAAACCACCCGGAGAAGUUGCUGGUCGAUGUGCGUGGUGUGGAAGAAGUCGCGGAAACUGGGCAAAUACCGACCAGUGUCAAUAUUCCACUGCCGAAUUUGGAACAGGCCUUGAAGCUCUCAGAUGACGAGUUCAAAUCUAAAUUCGGUCGGAGUAAACCGCAGUCCGACACGGAAAUAAUUUUCCACUGCAAACUUGGUGGACGGGCGCAAAAAGCUGCAGAUACUGCUAUCGGGCUUGGAUACAAAAACGCCAGAAAUUACAAAGGAUCUUGGACCGAAUGGGAGAAGAAGCAGAAUGAUAAAUAAGCAUUUCUUAGUAUUAUAGAACUAUGCAAAUAAAAAGCAGUUUUGUUCCAGCUAA